AUGUCAUCCUCAACUGUCUUCAUCGCCCUCCAAUGCUGCCAAUGCUCCACCAUGCAGGUGAAGCAGAAGAAGAAGAGCGGAAACAAAUGGGGUUGCGCGGUGUGCAACCAGAAGCAAUCUAUUCGCAAAGUCUUCGCUCAGGGAUUCAUGGCCAAGGACAUCCGCAAGUUCGUCCAGAACUUCAACAUGUCCCGUAAAGCCCUUGACGACGGAGAAUGGCUCCUCGCCGGAACCCUAGAUCUGGUGUCGGAACAUGGCGAUGGCGAACGACAGUUCCCUGUCAACCCAAAAAAGAAGAGGAACGAUUGGACCGCGUACCUGGACCAAGGGGAUCAUCACACAAUCCACGGAGGAGAACAAGAGCAUAAUGGAGAUGAUUUUGAGCCAUUGGUUGUGACUGAGUUGGAGAAGGGCAUGCUCAAGAAGCGCAGAUUGGUGGAGAAUUCAACUGCAGGAAGUGACAAGCUUUUCAAAAAGCCACUUUUCCCAAAUUCUCGAGAGGAACCCAUGAAAGAUCAGCAAAGAAUUACAUCAUUGACUGAAAACAAUUCAGAGAGAAAUGAUUACGUGACACCAGAUAAUAGGAGGAGUCAGAAAUGCAAACCGACAAUCAGCAGGGCAGCCUCAAAAUGGAACGAUUACUUAACUGAGGAUAAUGACAACUUAGAAUCUGGAUGGAAGAGAGGCUUUGACUUCAAGGACCACUCAGGUCCAUGGAACAACAACAUAUUAGAAGCCUUAACUAGUGAGCAAAGGGUAGAAGAUGACAUUCACCCAGAUUUUGUGUGA